GGAGCCAAACCGGAAGUGAGUAAACGCGCACAUCCGGUAACGAAGUCCUUUGAAUCUACCGGAGAUAAACUGAUCCUUCUGCGCCAAAACUUGUGGCUUUAGUGACGUGUUUCUCUGUAGUUAUUGGAAGAAAACACAUCAGAUGUCUUAACUUUCAAAGUGCUGGAGCAGUGCGCUUGUUUUGCUGACAUGUCGGUGCAGGCGUGGGCCCUGUCGUUCCGGCAGCCGUACGCUGGCCUGGUUCUAGACGGGGUGAAGACGCUGGAGAGCCGUUGGAGGCCCGUUCUGGCCCCGCUGGAGAACCAGACCCUGGCGGUCCACAUUGCCGUGAGGGACUGGGAGGAGGCGGAGGACUGGAAGGCGGUGCUGAGGGGUCCGCUGGGGAUGAACCCCGUUCAGAUCCAAGCGCUACUGGACUCCGGAGAGCGGUUCGGCCGCGGCGUGGUGGCAGGAUUGGUGGAUGUGGGGGAAACCCGGCUGUGCAAUGCCACCUUGCAGGCGGAUGAGCAACAACUCCUGGAGCAGUCAGCUGUUCUGAUUGGUCUGCAGGAGAAGCACCUGACUCAUCUAUCCAACCCGCGCUGGCUCAAGAGGCCACUCAAGGCCCAAGGGGGUCGCGACCUGUGGUCUGUGGAGAUCCCCGCGGAGCUGUUGCCAUGACGAGACGUCUCCCAUGAGGACGUUGAUCUGAAGCUAUUGUGACUGGGUGAAGCCUGCAGUCAUGUGACCCAACAAAAGCAGCAUUAACUGCUGGUGAAACAAACUUUAUUCACCCAGAAAUAAGAAAACCACUUUGAACAGACCCAACACAAAUAGAUCCCUCAAUAAACAGGGAAAGUUUGAAUGCUCCCGAUCUGCUUAGUCCCAAAAACGUGACAAACUCAAAACUAACCUUUAACGUGGGAAUUUAACAUUUGACACUGACAAACUUACCGUACGUGUUUUCAUAACAUCUUUCAACAUUAAAAUGUUGACUUGG